AUGCCCGCACGAAUAAACAAACGACAGCAGCGUGAGCAGGAAGAGCUCCUUGCAUUAGGAAACCAGCCUGCUGCGGCCGUCGAUACCGACAGUGAGGAACCGUUACCGGUAGCACCUUCGGGCUUUGCAGCGGCAAAGAAGAAGAAGAAGAAACCCGCAGCAUCCGAUGCACCAACAAUUCAGCAGGCUAAACCCGCUGACCCGGAGGCACCAAAGCUCCAACAGGCUAAAUCUACAAAGAAAGGAAAAGGAAAAGAGAAGAAGAAAGACGGUCUGGACGAUCUAGACACGGCGCUCGCAGAGCUUUCCCAAAAAUACCCAGAACUUCAAAGCGUGGCAACUUCCUCAUCGUCAACUACUCGAAAUGCAUCCCUUGCAUCCCUUCUAUCCAUCUCAGUAUCUAACCUUGAUGCAGAAGCAGAAAUGCGCAAGUUCUUUGGCGCAAGAGCCGUCGUAGCUGCAAAAUCAUCAGAGACUUCCUCCUCUAGUGGCUCAAAAAAACGGAGGGGCGUUGCUCCAAGCCAGACUCAGCGUUCACAACUUACACGACCCCAUCCAUCAUGGAGCAUGAUCAAACAACGUGAAGGCCUUUCUUCUCGUCCAUUGACCGACGAGGAGGUGCAACAAAAGAUCCCAGAUCGAAAUAGCCCAGCCGCAGGAGACAAGUGGUGGACUGUUGAAUAUAGUAAGAGGUACAAGGGUGUCACAAAGACCUUUAUGCAGGCCGUAAUGUCAGGAGAUCCCGAAGCGCUGCGGGGAGUUUUGCAGAGACUCCCGUGGCAUGGCGAUACACUGCUGCAGCUGGCAGAGGUAUAUCGCCAUCAAGAAGAAUACAGCCAAGCUGUGGAAUACGUAGAUCGGGCGCUCUUCUCAUAUGAACGCGCUUUCUUAGGGUCAUACACCUUCACCAAUGGGCUCAACCGCCUCGAUUUCAACCGAGUCGAGAAUCGUCCCUUCUUCCUUGCGUUGCAUCGGCAGGUCACCGUCGCGGAUGCAUUCGUACCUGCUUUCGAGUUUGGGCGCCUUCUAUACUCCCUCGAACCAUGGACGGAUCCGCACUGGUGUAUGGGGCAAUGGCUCUUGGACGUAUACUCCGAGUUUGCUUGCACAAAAACGAUAUUCGAAGAUCAUUUGAAUCCAAGUGCGCUGCCUGGAUGGGCGUAUGCGAGAGCCCUGGCGCUUUUUGCGAGGGAAAAAAGCGUAGGCAGCAGUACGGACGCGCUGAAGCAGGCUAUGCUAGCCUUCCCGGAGGUUGUACCACUGCUUGCUGACAAGUGUGAUAUUUCACUAUCUCCGGAGCUGCGCGAACACAGAGCAUUCCGAAUUCAAACUGACGGAAUUGUCCUCCACCUCUUGUCUCACCUCUAUGCUCAGCGAUCCGCACCUCUAUGGAAAUCCGCUUCGCAUAUGAAAUGGUUCGAAAAUACCGCUAACGAAAUUCGAGCGUCACUCAACGCCCAACGCUCCAAUCAAACUCGUGAGCGGUUCCUCCAAAUGUACACCUCGACAACGCUUCGCUACUCUGUCUAUCGACAUAUUCUCGUUCUCGAGCAAAGCUUCCGGAACCUCACCCCUUUCAUACCACGCUCUGUCUUGCUAGCCAAACAGCUUGCAUGUGAUCCGCUUCCACCACUGACAGCAUCCUCCGAAUACAAUGACGCCUUCUUUGUAGGUGCAGAAGAAAUCUUCAGCGUGCGUCCUCGCCGACGAGACGCGCGCGCGUUGGAACGACUCAUCCCAGACGCAGGCAUCAGGGCGCAAAUUGAAGCGCUAUUUGAUGCAAAUCCCGGGCUGGCGGGGCAGUUGCCUGGCGGCGUGGUGCAGUUUGUGCAAAUGAUGGCGCAGAUGCCAGAUGAGGCGCUGAAUGACAUGAUGCUUGAUCUUGUAAUGGCUGCUGGGGAGGACGGUGUUCGUGUGCCAGGUGGAGGGGGUAUGCCAGGUGGAUUGCCGGUGGAGGGGGGUGAUGAUGUGCUGGACUUGGAACCAAUGCCUCCGAGAGGUGCAGCGGAAGCGGCGCCAGCGUUGGCGAACGAGGAUCAAAGCGACGAGGAAGACGAGGACGAGGACGAGUAUAUUGCUCCCAUGCCCAUACGAGUUGUGAGGAAUCUGUUGAAUAGGUUUUGGGGAAGUAGCGUGGCUACGGCUAACGAUGGUGAAUCUGAUAGUGAUACUGAGCAACGGGACCGUGACGGUGUUGACUAG